UUACGUACCAACCAAACCCGGGUAACACUUGCGGUUAGUAAAGAUAAUAUAAACCUUUACAGCAGAAGCAUUUCAGUAGGUUUUGAAUAUGGCGGAACCAUUCAAUGAAAAUGAAGCUCAAACUGCUUUCAUGUGUCAGUUUUGCGAUCAACAGAAUGUUAAAUGGAAAUGCGAGGACUGUGGUGUUUACCUAUGUAACGCGUGCAAAGAGAAAAUUCAUCCAAGACUGAAGUCAUCAGAUAAGCACAAGAUCAUAUCUAUUAGAGAAAUUGGAAAGAUGCCAUGUUUCGACGAUGAGCCAUGGUAUCAUGGGAAAAUGUCACGUGAAGAAGCAUUGGUGUUACUGCAAAAAUACAAAUACAUGGGGGACGGUGCUUUUCUCGUACGAGAAAGUGAAACAUCCAGUGGAAAGUAUUCAUUGGAUGUAUUAGUAAAUGGGGAACCAGUUCAUACAAGGAUAUUCACAAAAGAGGAGUCCGGACGGUUGAGGUAUUUUUCCAGAGAUGAUGAAAUGUUUGAUAGUCUUAACGAAGUUAUCGAACUUUUAAAACGAAAAAAGCGUAAAACGAAAAACGGUGUUUCUAUUAAAGAAUUUACACUUGUUGAACCUAUUCCGAAAGAAACCAUCUGUGACAAAUAA